UGGGUAUUGGUGGAAGGGGGUGCACCUUACUUUGAUUGGAGAAUUCUCUUCCGUAUGCUCCAGCCACGCCUCGUAUGAGGGAAAAAUGACUACCAUGGAAGUGGAACGACAGCGGGGUCGGUACGCAGCACUGGCCAUCGCAGCCGUUGUGAUUGUAGUGGGAGUCCCUCUUUGGUGGCGCACCACCGAAACUUACCGUGCCUGGCUGCCUGUGCACCAGAUCAACGAGUUGGCCCAGCUGCAGCUUCAGUUGAAUGUCGAUGUAGAAGUUGUGUUCUCCCGUGGAACCCUGACCCCAGAACAAGGGAAAAAGGUUCCAUUAACACAAACACGAGAUGAGGAACACACAGUGGACGAAAAUACUUCUCUGAGGUACAAGUAUGAGACAAAGUACCGAACAGCUACCAUCAUGGAAGAGGAUGCUCUUAACCAGCCUACUGCUGCAGAGGCUGACGUCGCUCUGCACACGCUCAGUGAGAGCCCGUGUGGUUCCGUGGUGGUGCACGUGAUCCCCGAAUCCUCCUCGCUACUUCCAGAGGGCGUGAGCGUGUACGUGGGCCGGAGGAGGACCGCCGUGCUGCGAACGAGCAGCGCUCCGAGAGGGGGCGUGACUCUCAAGGAGGUGCUGGCUGCCCUGGAGCCGCAGGUCACCCAGGUGCUGCACAUGAUGUCGUUCAGCCACACUGACAUCGCCGUGGCCGUCAGCGACCGAGUCCGCCUCGGCAAAGUCAGCAGGGAGAGUCUGGUAGACAGCAUGAGAGCCUUCAAGUCCAGUCCAGGAUAUGAGAUAACCUUCAGCCUGCUAAACCCGGAUCCAAAGUCACACCGCCUCCACUGGGACAUCGAGGGAGCUGUACAGAACUACAUCCAGCCCUUGCUCACAAAACUAGCCCCUGUCGCCAACUUCAGCAUCGACUCUCAGAUCCUGUACUACGCAGUGCUGGGGGUCAACCCUCGCUUUGACGGCAGCUUUAAUGCCUACACGCUCAACGCUGAGAGCCUUGCACACGUUAUUAACCCUGUGGAGGCCAGACUGGGCUCCAGUGCCGCUUCCUCCUACCCGGUGUUGAACUUCCUGCUGUACGUGCCUGAUGCCCACCACUCCCCCCUCUACAUCCAUGGGCACAGGAAACAGGAAGUGCCUUCCAACGCAUUCCAUUCUCCACGCUGGGGUGGCAUCAUGGUGUAUAACGUCAACGACCGCUAUGGGCCUGGGGCUGAGUUUCCUGUUGAUGUCAGCAUAGACAUGGCCAGGGUCAUGGGAGUCUUCCUUGCACAGCUUCGACUAAUGCUGGGGGUGCAAUCCUCUGCCCCUCCCCCUGGCUUCCUGGUUGAACCGUGUGGCAGUGCAGGAUUGGCAGACUGGGAGCUGGACCGCCUUAUGUGGAGUCGUAGUGUGGAAAACGUUGCCACAGCAACGACCACCAUCACCUCAUUGGCACAGCUUCUUGACCAGAUUGGCAAUAUCGUCAUCAACGACAACAUUGCCCAGCAGGUGUCGAGUGCUGUCACGUCCCUGCAGUUGGCUGUGGCUGAGUUGGAGAUGGGGAACCUUGGCUUCGCCCUGCAGUACAGCAAGGAGGCCAUCUUGGCAUCGGAGAGAGCCUUCUUCGACCCCUCCCUCCUCCACCUCCUCUAUUUUCCAGAUGACCAGAAGUUUGCCAUCUACAUCCCCUUAUUCCUGCCCAUGUGUGUCCCCAUCUUGCUGUCCUUGCUCAAGAUCGCCUCUGAGAUCAGACAGAGGCGCAAGGACAAACAGGCGAAGAAAGACUGAGACACAUGCGUACACAGGCAUGGAUACCCAAACGGCCUAUGGCCUUAGUUCACAGACCACUGUGACACCGGUCAGCUAAUCUACAGGAAUGUAGCCAGGAUGAAGUUAAGGAGGCUUGAAACUCAUCGUACUACGUGGAUGAAUGGAAACCUCAAUGGCCUUGGCUUCAUACGAUUGUACUUCUGAUGUGGUCCCACUGCACUCUAAAGUCACAAGUAUAAAAACUAGCAUCAGGAUGGCACUGACAAAUUAAGUUUCUACACUUCCAAGCCCAUCUCCUUUCUAUUUGUUAAUACCAUUAUAGAAAAUACCAAUGAUGGAUGCACUGUACUACUGUUAAAAGGGAUCUUAUUUAAUGAAGAAAUGUUGUCUGACAUAUUGAAAGAUACAUAGGGGGUGCUUUUUUACCUUGUUUUAGACUAUGUGAAAUUAAAGAACAAUACAAGUA